AUGGACUCUCCACUCGUCUCGCGCCUGUUCCGACAGCUGUUCCGCCAUCCAGCGUGUCAGCCGCGGCGCAACUUUGCCCGUCUCGCAUCGUCUCUCCAGGCGGCGAGAUCUUCCCAAGCUUCACGACCGCCUUCACGGCCAAGACCUCACGCCCCAAAGCAUGACCAUUGCCAGAUUCGGGGCUAUGCAGCUGCACCACGCAGCGGCCGGAUCAGCCGCUCCAACGAGAGUGACUGGCAGCAGCGCACGGACAUGUACCCGGAAGACAUGUCCGCCGAGUACGCAGAGUACCCGAUGGUGACGGCACAAGAGCUGCGGCAACGUCGAGAACGUCCAAGGCGUGUCAAGAUGCUGAUGCGCGACUUUAUUGAGGACAGUCUUUACAACCCACACUACGGCUACUUCUCCAAACAAGUUGUCAUUUUCUCGCCCGGCCAGGAGCCCUUCCCUUUCCGCGAAAUGCGCGAUGAGCCUGCCUUCCAUGACAUCCUGGGUCAGCGAUACACAGACUUUGAGGACAGGCUGGACGCCGAGGCCGUAGCACAGGGUGGCGAGCCGUCCGAUACGCGCCAGCUGUGGUACACGCCAACCGAGCUGUUCCGUCCGUACUACGGCGAGGCCGUUGCGCGCUAUCUCGUCGCUAACUAUAUGCUGACGAGCUUCCCGUACCACGACCUGAUUAUCUACGAGAUGGGUGCCGGCCGCGGCACGCUGAUGCUCAACAUCCUCGACUACCUGCGCGCCAAUGAGCCGGCCAUCUACGAGCGCACACGCUACAAGAUCAUUGAGAUCUCGUCCAACCUGGCCGCGCUGCAGAAGCGGCAGCUGUAUAUUGGCAGCGGCGGUAGCGCCAGCAGCCAACAGAAAAGCAGCAGCGCCACCGCAGCCGCAGCCGCAGCCGAUGGCUCCUCCGAGGCGGCGUCGGCGGCUGCCGCGCGGGGCCACGCCGGCCGCGUCGAGAUCAUCAACCAGUCCAUCUUUGACUGGACUGCCCGCGAGCCGUCGCCGUGCUUCUUCCUGGCCUUUGAGGUGUUUGACAACUUUGCGCACGACUGCCUGCGCUACAACGUCACGACCGAGCAACCGCUGCAGGGCGUCGUGCUGCUCGCGGCCAAUGGCGACAUGUACGAGUUUUACGAACCGCAGCUCGACCCAGAGGUGGCGCGGUUCCUGCGCGUGCGCAACGCCGCCACCGAGGGCCGCUUCCCGCUGCCGUACUCGUCGAGCCGCCUGCUGCGCUCGCUGAAGCACAACUUCAUGCCCUUUGCGCCCAAUCUGAGUCCGCCCGAGUACGUGCCGACGAGGCUGCUGGCCUUUUUCGAUGUGCUCGAAAAGUACUUCCCUGCACACCGCCUGGUGACGAGUGAUUUCCACUCGCUACCGGACACGAUUGCCGGGCUCAACGCACCCAUUGUGCAGACGCGCUUCCAGCGGCGGCCCGUGCCCGUGUCGACGCCGCUUGUGCACCAGGGCUACUUUGACAUCAUGUUUCCCACCGACUUCCGCGUCGUCGAGGCCAUAUACCGCGCCAUCACUGGCAAGCUGUCACGUGUCCAGUCGCACGAGCAGUUUAUGCGUCACUGGGCACAGAUCGAGAACACCACGACCCGCAGUGGCGAGAACCCUCUGCUCAGCUGGUACGCAAACGCCAGUGUGCUGUCGACGGUGUGA